AGCUAGGGCCUCGCCCAUACUCUGACACCAGCUGUACGUAGGAGCAGGGCUUCACCAAUACAGAGGCCGCCGUUGACUACAACGCCACAUUCAAAAUUGGCUCCCAACACAUCGCUUCGCGAUUGCCUGUAAAUCGAAAAUGCACCGUACCAGAAGCCACGCGCGUCUACGUUCCACGUACUGCGCCGGAAUCGGUAAAACCAGAGCCCGUAAAAGACGAGCGCAAAGCCACCAUGCACCAUCGAAUUGCGCUAAGGCCCCUUCGUUCGGCAAGAUUCGUGUGAAAAGCGCGAGUCGCGCUGUCGACAACACCAUCCUCAGAGUGCUCCACUCCGACCUCUUCAGCACCGUCUUCAUCCUCCUCCCGAGGCCGUUGAGCCCUUGCCUUGCGCUCGGACUGGCAAAGGCACCCAACUGCAAGUCGGCAUUCUGCUUCAGACCGGACGCCCUCAUUGUUAUCGCUCUAGCAGCCAGCAAGGACCUUGCCGUGAACCGAGCCUCGCACAAAGUGCGGCAUGCAUGGUCACUACUUGUUGGUAAAUAUGCCAGCUUCAGCCGGACAUCGAGCGCAGACGCUGAAAUUUUGAAGACGAGACUUCCAGGCGCCUUUCCACGAUCGGAGCGCGAUGAGCAGGCGGAUCCGAGAUUCACAAAAGCCUCACACGAGUUCGAGGAGAACUCUUCAACCGCCGGUAUGGGCUCGCCUCCAACAUCCGGCCUCGCACCCUCGCAGAGGCAAACGCUCGGAUGCGACUGCUUCGAUGUGCAGGGUCAUGGACAUUACUGACAAUCCUGAGCGCAUCCGCAGUACCUUUUCGCGUUUCCUUGUACGUGGGCUGAAGGCAUGGCAUCCCGUCCGACUUCUUCGACAGACGCUUCUCAACAACUGCAGACGCCGUUAUUCACAAUAAUCCGCA